AUGAGGACGGUUCAUGCAUAUACCCCUGCGCAACAGCAGCAGCAACAACAACAACAACAACAACAACAACAACAACAACAUCAACAGCAAUCAUCAUCCGUUUCAACAUCAACAUCAGCAUCAUCAUCAUCAUCAUCAUCAUCAUCGUCAUCAACAACAAGUCAAUCUAAUUUACAUCAACAUUCAUCUAUGAGUGGUUAUCCAAGUGUACGUCAUAGUCUUCUUCGUAUGCAUAGUCAAUUGAGAUCAGCACCAAAUCGAAGAGAAUCUAAUCAAGGUCCUAUUGAUUUAAGUUUCUAUCGUAAUCCACUACAAGCACCUAAAAUGACAACACGCUCCACAAGCACAACAACAACAACAACCACUACUGCACUUCGAUCUAUUCCUAUCAUUACAUCAUUGGUUACAACACCUACCCAUACUAUUUAUAGUAAUGCUAUUCCUUCUUCGACAUCAGUACAAACAGCGACAUCCACUAAUAAGCAUGAACAACAAAUAAAACUACAACAUUCAUUAUCUUCUGGUGUUAUAACAAAAUGUGCUUCUCCGCCUACUCGUUUACCUUCACCAAAACUAGCGUAUGCUUAUUCAAAUAUUGAAGAAAAUCUACAAUGUCCAUUAUGUAUCGAUCGUUUACGUGAUCCACGUGCAUUACCAUGUCAACAUGUAUUUUGUUGUUCAUGUCUUAAAUCAAUUCCUUCAUCGAAUUUACCAUAUCCAACGAUAUCUUGUCCAUUAUGUCGUCGUACAUUUCCAUAUAAUGGUGCUGAUCAAUUUCCUAUCUCAUAUAUACAUCGUCAAUUACUUGAAUUAGUUCCAAAAAAUUAUGAUAUUAAUGGUAAAUGUACAAAAUGUCAAGAAAAAUCAUCAUUAAUAUUAUGUUCAUGUUGUGAUUUUCUCUUAUGUCAACAAUGUUUUAAGAAUGAUCGAGAAAAAGUUCUCGAUAAUAUUAAACAUAUUAUUCAAACAUGUCGUUAUCGUGUUUCUCGUAUUCAUACAACACAUAAUCGAAUAAGUGAAUUGAAAGACAUUAAUCGAAGAAAAAUUCAACAAACACAAGCAAUCUAUGAAAAUUUUGAACGAAAAUUUCUUGAACAUAAACAAUCAACAUUAAAUUCAUUAAAUGAAUAUAAUGAACGUAUUAGUAAGAAUUUUUGGUCAAAAUUAAAUCUUUCAACACGAAAUACAACAGAAGAAUUUACGAAUUUAUUAAAAGAAGCCGAUACAGUAUUAGAAAAAUCUCAUACAACACAAUUUGAUGAUAUACUAUCAUUAUUUUAUAAUUUAAAUUCUAUGAAUGAAGAACUUGAACAAGCUAAUGCAUUAAUUGACACAUAUGAUGUACAAAAUUUAUUAAAACAAAAUAUUCAAUUAAAUAAUACGAAUGAUUCAGAUGAACAUAUAUGUGUACAUUUAAAUCAACAUGGUAAUACAGAAAAAAUAAUUCCAUUAAUUCCAUCAACAAUUCUACCGCGAUCAAUAAAACGUUUACGUAAAACUGAACCGAAAAGACAUGUUGAAGAAGUGGAUGAUAUUGAUGAUGAAGAAAAAGAUCAAGAUUUUGAUGAUGAUAGUUUGCCGAUAUUAAAACGAAUGAAAGUUGAAUAUCAAAAUGAGUUUAAUUUUGAUAGUUUAUCAUCACCGACAAAUUCUAUAUUAUGUUUAAAUUUUUCUAAUAAUAAUGAACCACAACAACAAACUCAUGAUGAUACAGAUGAUGAUAUUAUUUAUGUUGAAACUAUUCAGCCGAAAUCACCUGCAACAAUUCAUUUUGAAGACCUAUUUCAAAUAAUCGAUACAAAUCAAUAA